UUAAUCGUGUUCAUGAUUCAACAUAAUGGUCCAGCUGAUCAAUUUUCCUAUAAAAACAUUUUACCGCAUAAAAAGAAAAAAUUCAUUUGGCAUAAAACACCAGUAAAAACUUUAGAAAAAUUUACUUGGCAUUUUCACCAUUAUAAAACGCCAGUGAAAACUUAGGAAAAUGAAGAUUAUUACAAUUGUAGUUUGUUUGUUAUUUGGAGAAUGGAUUCAAGCUAAAUGGGUUUCUCAAAUGGAAAACAAAGGUCUCUAUCAAGGUGACAUGGUACUAGACCCUGACGAAAAAUUAAAAGUAAAGAAUGGAUUUGCAAGCAUUAUUGGAGGAAGAUGGCCUGAUAACACUGUACCUUAUGAAAUAGACAAAUCAUUGGGAUCAGCUGCUAAAGCUGGAAUCCAAGGAGCUAUCGAGCAGUAUCAUAAGUAUACAUGUUUAAAAUUUAAACCAAAAACUACAGAACGCAUCUAUGUCAAGUUUCAAUUUGGAAAAGGUUGUUCGUCGCCGGUCGGUUACAAAAAUGACAGAAUAAAUGCUAUCUCGCUUGGAGAAGGGUGCGAAAGCGUUGGAACUGUUAUUCAUGAGAUAGGGCAUACUAUAGGUCUUCAUCACGAGCAGUCGCGACCAGAUCGAGAUUCAUAUGUUGAAAUUAUCACUGCAAACAUUCCGGCUGAUGUGCGCUACAACUUUGAUAAAGAACCAUCCAGCAGAGUGAACAGUUUAAAUACACAGUACGACGUUCGCUCAAUAAUGCAUUAUGAUGCAACAGCUUUCGGUAAUGGUAAGAUGACAAUAAAAACAAAAAAUUCUGCAGAUCAGUCACUUAUUGGAAACAGAGAUGGAUUUAGCGGAAAUGACAUACAACAAAUCAAUCUCAUGUAUAACUGCAGAGUUGUUAAAAGAUGCGGUGACGGAAGCGAGGAAGGGAAAAAAUGUGGAUGCAGUAAAGGUUAUUGUUGGUCAAAAUGCAGCGGUGACUGGUGGUGUUACACUAACGGUGCUUUCCAAAGUUCACAAAACAAAAAUUAUGUUUAUUGCUCCAAAGAUAGCCAAUGCGAACAAGGAUGGUCAUGUGGUGGGCCUUGUGGUUUGUAAAAGUUAACCUCAUGUUACUUUUAUACGGAAAAAUAACUAUUUAAUUUCUUAUUA